GUUUCUACUGGAAAAAUUUCAAUAUCCUAGUCGAUUUUCCGCUAGAUUAUUUAUAACCAGUGGAUGUAAACACACGUACUUUGGCUUUCGUGCAAACCAGCCGUCAUUUCUCGCCAGUACGGAUUCGAAACCGGCGGUGAACGUUACCAGCGUUACGAUCUUGCCAGACGUUUAUUUCAAAGUUGUGUUACGUGUUAACCAAUCGUGAUUUCAUACCUGUUUUUUAAUCAUUCUGCGAGUGAGAAAGAAAAAAAAAUGGAUAAAAUGGAUACUUCCAUUGGUGUCUGUUAGAUUCGUUUUAAAGUUUCUGUACUUGGAGAUUUUAAUUAACAUUUUCUAAAAUUCCUUUAAUUUUUAUUUCAUUUAGUCUAUAUUAAAAACUAUGUGAAAAAUAAAAUUAUAAGAUUCACAGAAACCUGAUAGUUAAAAUUAUAAAAAUAAAAGAAUUAUAGAAAUAAAAAGAAGAGAUGGUGAGAAUAUUGAAAAAGCCCUUGAAUUUCAGAAUAUCUUACCUUGAAGAAUAAUUAUCCUCGGGAUAGAAUAUUUACAAAUAGAAAGAAGUUAGGACUAAAUACAGCUGUUUACAUUUUCACUCACGUUGCAGGAGCUCGCGUGAAUUCAUUACUUACCCAUAGCAGAACAAGCUGUUUCUCGAAAGGAAAAGAAACGUUCCUCAAUAUUCAUUAGACUCGUUCCUCUUUCGACGGAAAGGGAAAAACUCUCGCGUUAGUUCGUGAAUAAUAAACGUAAACAGAGGGAAGAAGGAUCGAUGGAAGUGUACGAAGAGCAUUUCGGAAGCGUCUCAAAGUCAAACUCCGUCGAUUUUGACAAGUUGCCAAGCGUUUGAAACCGGGUUGCAUAAUGUUCUUCGUCGAAAAAUCAUUUUCCAUCUUACGGCUGUCGAUGGCUGUUCGAAAAUAAGCAACAAACGAAAGCAGAACAGCGCGAACGAGAGACAAUGAUCGAUCCCGCGAUCCCUAAUGCGUCGACCGAUCGAUUUAACGAGACCGAAAGGUAAAGCGAACGUUGAAUUUCGUGUGGUCAUCGCCGCAAAAAUAUUUGCCCUCUGUUUGAAAAUAUUUUAUCAGCCCGCGCAAAUGUUUGACUUUCGAUGAUGGAUACGGUGUAACGAGAUUUCGCACAGCUAAGUGAAACAGUGUUGCUAACCGUGUGUUUCAUAGCUGUUGGACGGCGUGCAACGAAGUUUGUUAACGUCUUUGUUCCGUUGCGAAAUCAUUUCACGGAAGCAAACGAAUAUUUGUGUGCCACGUUGACACUUUGAUACUACCUUUGGAGUCGAGCAUUUAACUCGAUUUUCCGAUUGAAGGAAACUCCUCACUGAUGAUAUUUCAAUAUUUACUCAAAUUCGAAAAUGUUGUCUUCAUCUUAUACCAAAUCGCAAGAACGCAUCUGAAGUUCAAGAGUGAUUUAUAACAAGAUUUCAGAGAAAUCGAAGAAAUGGUGAUACUUCGAUAUUGAUGUCUCUCUUGGAAUUAUAGAUACGAUUUUCAAGCUUGAAAUACUUUUAUAGUAAAAAAUUAUUCUUCAAUUUUUGCAGAAACGAAGAAAAAUGUACCCGUUUCAAAUUCAGCAGAGAUUCAUAAAAUAACCCAAACGAUUUGUGCCAAAUCGCAAAGCUCAUUAUAUUGAUGAUUCUUCGUUUUAUUAUCUCCGAACGCAAGGAUAUCGUGCGAAGAACCCAGAGCGAUUCUGUGAAAUCGUUAAGGAACCCUCGAAAGUUGAGGCGAUCGAAGCCCGCGGUAAGAAACCGGAAACAUGAAGAACGCUCACCCGAUUAUAAGAGCCGCGUCGUCGAGUCUGGUCAAUCCGGAUUCCUCGUCGUCGAGCGAACUUGCGGAACCGAUUAUCAGAUUGAAGGUGGACAAACCGCUGCACUGGGAGUGGGAGCUGACCACGUCCGCAGACACGCUUCCUGUCAUCCAGCUAUUGGACAAAGAUGGUCGCCUGUUGGUGGAGACGACUGGAAGAACAGCGCAGAGAGCCAGAGGAUCUUUUCGAGAAGGUCUCAGGUCUCACGAGGAGUUUCCGACGAGCGAGAAGACCGUUUCUUCGUCGUUUUCGUCGUCGUCCACUCCUAGCACGAUUAUACUACCAGCACGAGGAAAUAGGAACGUCGAUGGGUUCAGCACGAAAUUUGGAAGCUGCGACUUCGGUUACAAGCCGAGAAAAUCGAGAAGCGAAGUGACGAUUAAAGAAAGAGAGAAAAAGGGGAAGAAGAGACACUCGGUUAAUUUCGAAAGGAAAGAAAACGAGGAAACGAAAGCGAACCCGAAGAGGUACUCCUUGGGUGAUUAUCUGCGACAGCAGAUCAUCGAUGACCUUCGAACGAAGAGUACCUUCGAAAAGAGUCCGGAGGAGCUCGCGAAGGAGAGAUGCAAGAAGGUGAAGGCAUACUUCAGGAGUCAGAGCGAGACUCUGCCCAGACUCGUCCACGUUGAAGAGGAGACCAGCGACGAGCCGAAAUCAAGGAUCGACGAAGAGGAAGUGCGAAGCAAGAGGAUCGAGGAGGGUCUGAAUCGUCUUCGAGCGGCGAUUAAACAAGAACCAUCGGAUGGAGAUACGGGUAAUAUAAGAAGUACUAUCAAGAAGGAGGAACUGGAGAAGGUGAAAGCGUUUCUGCAGAGGAAGAUCCAGCAGAAGAUGGAUCAGGAACGAUCCCGAAGCUCGAGCAGAUGCGACAUGCAGACAGGUGGAAUUAAAAAGAGGUACUCGGAUUACGCGCCGGCCGAGGACCCCAGAGGUUAUCGCACCCGAAAGGUGCGCAGCGAGACGAGCGUCUUCAAGUUCGAGCCGGAAAUUCUUCCGAAGGACAGGCAGAAAGGGAGGAGGGACAGAUCGAAGACCAACUGGUCACCUAUCGAGGACUCCUUCCGACAGAGGUCUCUUCGUCGCUCCGGAGGCAGGAAUCCUGAAACGUUCGAAUUGAGCGAUCGACAGAGAUCCCAAACUCGGGAAUCCAACGGUUUCGAGAAACGGAAGUUGUACCGAAAGACGAAGAGCGACGUGCUGCUGGGUCGGAUGGGAGCGAGCUUCGACUCGGAACAGGAGAAUCCUCCGAGGCGCAUCAGGAGUCAGGACAACGUUGACCUCUCCUGGCGGGAAUACAAAGAAAGGAAAAAACAUGAGAAGCUGCAGCACGAAUUAGAUAAAGAUGUGAAGGAGGAAGACUUCAUGAGUAAACCGAGGUGGAAGGAUCUCCAGCCGGGUUGGUGCAACUUCAAGAACUGCAAGGUCUGUCAGAACUUGCGGAAUUGCGUGAAUCCUUUCGAUCGACGCGACAGCCGACGAAUCCCCGAGGACCCGCCGCUGAAGGAUUCUUCCGACGUGAUUUCCGAUUGCUCGAGACCGAGUACUAGCCUACAGGAAAAUUACUUGGUCGUUGAUAAACUGUCCGAUACCUCGAGGAAUCCUCUGGCGACGAGUGAAGGGAACGGUGCGUCUAAUUUGAACUCUCCCGAUUGCGGUUACAAUACCAUUCCCAGGAACGCGUUUAAGGAUUACAAGGACCUGUACGCUCGAUCGAACGUAAAGAAGAGCGACACGUUUAAGAUCGUGGACGGCAGCGAGGAACCUGAAGAGACGGGGCGUCCGGACGAUUCUAAAGUAGACGAAUCGGUUGACGGUUUCGAUUGCUCGAAAGGAGAAGGCGUGCUGACGAACAAGUCGAACGAGGACAUUGCCAGGGAUUAUUUCAAUAGGGUGUAUGAAUUGCUGAAGAAGAGGCAAGAGGAAGCCAGGAGGAUCGCUGAGAGGCAAGAAGCUCCCGGUUGCGACGAUUCGUCGUCUUCUAAUUACGCGGAGAAAGUGCAGAGGAGGAAGCUUCGACGCAGGAAAAAGGAGCGCGGUGUGCAAGGUAAUGUUUUAACCCCAGUCAUAUUACAAGAAGUAACAGCCAGUUUCAAGCACAGAGUUAAAGGCGAGGAAGUCGUAACCGUGCCUCCAGCGAGCGGAGGUCAGGAGAGUUGGAAAGUGCAAACGCUUUCUUUGAACGGCGAAUCGGCGAGUGGCAAUCGUCGGAAAGGUUGUCGUAGCCAGCUGCAAACAGUAUCCACGGGGAAACGCACACGACCGGCACCACCGCCGCCUCCACCGAUAUCCUGCAAGGUCAAUGCCAAGGACAUCGACAAGUACUUCGACUGGCCGAACAAGGAGAACACGCCCGGUAAUGCCGUGAACGGGGACGAGGGUACGAUCGAGGGUAAACUCGAAAACGAAGAAACGAUCAUGGGCUCGAAUCUGAGUCGACACAACGGCAAGGGCCUGAAUGGCCGGAGAACGCAGUCCUCUGGGAAUCUAUGCGAUCCCAAGGGAAAAUUGAACAGCGUGGGGAAGAUCCUGGUGCCUUGCUCCAGUGCGCAGAAGGAAAGAUACAAAUUCUGCGGCUCCUUGCCUAAUCACCUAGAUCACGAUAAAGAUAUGCUGGACGAUGAUCCAAAAGAAAAUAAUAACACGAUGACUGAUACCAUGGGUGGAAAUCUCGGUGGAACAUUGCCACACAAAAAACGAUCGUUGGGCGUUCAUUUUUCUGAUGGUGGACCAACUGGCACUCUAGACCUUGUGAAACAUCGAUCGCAGGACUCUCUGGACGAAAAUGAUCCUUGGAGAUAUCAGCAGAGCGACCUUGAUCUAGUGAGGUGUCGUCACGGGAAUUUCGAUUCGGUAAGGAGAAAUCGCAGUGUGGACACGGUGUCUGGCGAUUCGACGAGGAGAUACGGUCGCGGGGUCUCUGUGGAAGACAGGUGUCACCGUAAUUCGGAUCUUGACCUGGUGGGAACGUUGCCUAAGCGAAAGCUGGAUAGCAGAAACAGCGGAAAGUCCUCGGAGACUAAUUCCUCCUCUUCCCAACCGUGCAUCCCCGAUGCGACGGACAACGAUUUGUUGAUGCAAAUCGUGCACAAACCUGACUGCGAACUGGUCAGACAUCGACAGCAGCUUAACAAAAGUAUCGAUCUGAAGCUGAGCAAAUUGGCCGGCGGAGAACCGCAGGAUCAAGGUUACGCUUCGGAACGCUCGCCGGAAGAUGAACAUCCACCAUCGAUGCCUGGACAGCCUUUCCCCAAUAUAACACCUGAGAGCACGUUCCGAGUGACGUUACAGAAGAGCAGCCGGGGACUUGGCUUAAGCGUUUCCGGUGGCAGCACCGCCGGACCGGUUAGGGUGAACAGACUGUUUCCUCAACAACCCGCGGCCUUGUCCAACAAACUUCAACCUGGCGAUAUACUUCUUGCUGCCAAUGGAAUCCCUUUAACUGGCCUCACCAACUAUGAGGCCCUGGAGGUUCUACGAACGACACCGAGUACCGUGGAGCUGGUGGUGUGUCGACUUCCUGGUGAUACGAACGUCACACCACCGGGUGCACCGCCUCCACCUCCGGCUAGGAGAGAACCACCACCACCCUUGCGGAUCCUUAACCCCUUGCCGCCUCUUCAAAUCGAACCCUGCGGCGAAUUCGACAUAGAGAUGACGAAGGUCGGUGGUAGCCUGGGUUUCACCCUGAGGAAAGCGGACAGCAGCGCGUUGGGUCAUUACGUGAGGGAAUUAGUGCGGGAGCCGGCGUUAAGCGACGGCCGAAUUCGACCCGGCGAUAAAAUAGUCGCUGUGGACGGCGCACCAUUGUCGCCAAUGAGCCACGAAGAGGCUGUCCAAUUAUUGCGACAAUGCGGACCCACCGUGAGGCUACGACUUUACAGAGAUCUGGCGCAAACUCCUGUCUCUGCGCUUUCUCCGACCGAACCCGAUCAUCCACUCCGUCCACCGCGGACCAGUUUGAGACAAGAAGCCGUAGACAUGCUCUGCGAUCUAGCAGUUCGAAAACUAUCACCAGGUACAUCGAGUGGUUCCAGUUGCAAGCAAUCACCUGGAGCAUCCUGCAAUUCUCCAAGAAGGCUUCGUCGACUUGCCACGCGUACGGCUAAUGCUGAUAAUGAACAAGAAACUCUGGAGAAGCAUUCAGGCGUGCAAACGACAUCGACGGCCAGCCAAGCAGAGACAUCCGAUUCCGACCAGUGUUCGAUCAGAACGCAGAUAACGAAUUCCCAACCGAACACACCUGGAACAGACAUAAUCGAUCCGCCGCCGUUGUACGACGUUUGCGAUUCCAGUGAUUCCUCGAAGGCACCGGCCCGACCGAGUUUCCUCGACUUAUCGGCACCCCAGGGAAAGCCUCAUUUUCAGUUCUGCAGCCUGGACUCGGAUCUCGAGUACCCCGGAGGCGAGCCGAUUAUCGGCGAGGACGAAGUGAACAACGGUACGACGCUCGAUUACCAGAGAAGGACUAUAAACGCGUUGUCCAGCGAUGAGCAUGACAACGAUCUACCCUCGGAACCAGCCUCCAUGCCACCGGUACUCUCCUCCGCGAGUAGCUCGAGUGCAACCGCGUUCAGUUACAAGAAUCCUGCUUAUCAAAGCGCUAAUCCAGCCUGCGGUGCGGGCAUCGAUACCACGGCGAAGAAUAAGGCUACCCAUUCGAGUGAUCAGGAUAUACCAGGAAAAAUCUUGGGAGCAGAGGAUCCCGGUGGCAGCAAAGGUUUAUUGAAGUGGAAAGGCGUGAUGUUUGCUCCAGAUGAUGGAAUAGAUAAAACAAAAAACAAAGACGAGAAAGUCGGGAAAGACACCACUGAUUCAGCUGUCCCCAAUACAGAUCUUGAACAAGGAACCGAGGUGUUCAUGGUAGAGCUGACACGUGGAUGGAAUAGCCGAUUAGGAUUUAGCUUACAACCGGAAGGAAAUCGUACUGUCAUAUCCGUGGUACAUCCGGACAGCGUUGCAGCCAAAGAUGGAAGGCUCAAACAAGGGGAUGUACUUAUGAUGGUAAACGAUGAGAGUGUUGAGCACAUGUCAACGGCUGAUAUAAUAGAUCUAUUGCGUAAAAUAAGAGGUUCCAUAGGUAUCACGGUGAUGAGACGAAACAAACGAGAAAAUGUAACGUGACGCUAGUCAGGUGUAUAAUUGAAGAGUCUAUUUAAAAAAAGGAGAGAAAGAAAAGAAACUCUCUAGUUCAUCACAACCACAUGUUUUUCGUUUCGUAAUGAAGAUCAAUUCCUUGCAAUUCGUUUAUAACUUAAUUCUUUACGAAUAAAAAUAUAAACGAACGUAUCGAUCGAGUGCAAUACACAUAUAUGUAUAUUAACUUAACUGUGAAUAGAUUUGUAAAUAUUUAUGAAAAUCGAAGCCUUAAACGCGCUGUGGUGGUUUAAUUAAUUGUAAAAAAUGCUUCGCUACUAUUCGCAUCAGAAGGUGAGAUGCACUGAUUAAAAUAAUUAAUUAAGAUUUUAAAUAGUAGCGAUUGAAUGUAAUUGUUGAGUAUUGCAGAAAGCAUACUAUUAAAGUAGACAAGAUGAUAAUAAAAUGUCCAGUGUGGUUUAUUCUUUAAAGCGAUUCCUCCUGAAGUCCAUUCAAAGACUGCUUUAAAAAAUGGAAAAAUUGAACAUAUGACUUUACUGUAUAUAUUUAUUCGAUGAACAUGAAAAUAUAGAAAGAGCUUGUAUUUUUAUGAAAUUCGUUAGAGAAUUUAAACGAAUGGUGAAUCAGUUGGAAUGCUGGAUAAUAUUUUUCUAAACUUUCCCUCUUAAUCUCAAGAAAAUCUAUGCGUUGUUGUUUCGGUAUGUUAAACUAUUUAAAAUAUUCCAUUAGAUAAAAUAAAAGUUUAUGAAAAUUCAAUUUUAUUAUGAUCUAAGACAAUUAGAUGAAAUUUUACAUUUAUGGUUACUGUGUUUGGAAUCGAGUAUUAUUCGAAUAAUUUAUAAACACAAAUUUUAAAUAAAAUGAAGAUUUUUUAUUCCCAAAUUUCUUUGUUUUAUUCAAAAUUUGUAUUCAAAGGGUUAUUUGAAUAAUGGCCAACUCUAUUAUAACAGUGUUCUUGAGAAGACUCCAACUGUAGAUUUUUAAAUAUUUUACAUAGAUAAAAAUUCGAAAAUCAUGUUGAAAUUUAAUUUAGUGUGGUAGUUAUACUUUCAAUUAAACAGCCCCACGAAUUUGUCUAAAUGUAAUUAAACACUUCUUGAAUCUAAAGAAAGUGUUACAAUGUGAUUCAUCGUGAAAGAUAUUCUAGGAGAAUAAACAUCUAAAAAAUUAAUUAAUUCAGCGAAUUCAAACAAGAGUAAUCCAUUUUAGGCGCAAUAAAAAAAGAAAGGAUGAAUCAAACUCGAUAAUCAAAGGAUUAAUCAAAAUAUGCGACAUUAAACCAUCAAGCCUAUUGUAAAUAAUUUUAGAAUAAUUUUCAUUAAUCAUUACGUCCAUAAAGUUAAAAAUUAAUAAGACGUAAUUUGAACAUAUCGUUGCGAAUUAUACCUAAACGUGUUCUAUACUGAAUGUAAAAGGCAAAGAUGCUUACAAUCAUAAAUAGAAUAUGUUCGCAAAAAUCAUACUUUCUUUCAAAUAAAACAUGUACAGAAUAACAGGAUUCUUGUAUAUAUUAUUUAGUAGAAAUCAAGUUGAUGUGUUAUUUGAAAGGAAAUAUAAUAGUCUAUAUACGAACUAUGGAUUACUAUAACGCUAUUAAUCAAUGUUUCUUAGAGAAACAACUCUGUUCAUACUUAUUGAUAAAUCAAUGGUAAAGAGAAAUUAUAUAAGAUACAAUCGUUAAUCGUGUCGUGUAAUAGAAGUUACUAUUUAAAAUAAAAAUUCUAUGCAA